AUGCCCGGGCCGAGGCUCUUACAAUCACAGUGGAUCCAAAAAAAAAUAUUCACAGAAACAUUUGAGGCCGGAUUUAAAAUCACGUCGGCCAAAUUAGAUGGUGUUGACUGUAAAGCUUGUGCGACAACACCAGCAGAAGUGAAGACGGAUAUUGAGUGCUAUAAUCAAAGCGAAACAUCCAAAGUGCACUUCAUUAUUGAUGACAGAAAAAAAUACACAGAGGUUCAAUUUAUGGUCAAAGAUGUGGCUAAGGCGAAAUACACAAUUGGAAACGAUGGUAACUUAGUUGAAAAGAAACAGCUCCGAAGCGAAGAAACUGUACCCACAGGAGGCCCAAUCGAACAAACUAAUUUUCCUCUUCCAUUCGUACCAGAUGCAAUGCAACUUAUACCAACAGAAACCGUUGGCGACACCGUGAAUAGCCGCGCAGCUGCGGUUCCCGUAGUGGUCAAGGAGGCAUGCAAGAAGACAGCAGAAGCGCCAGCAGAAGCGAAAACGAACUGCUUUGAAGUUUCAACACGCCUGUUUCCCGUCACCGUGAAGGCCAAGAUGGAAUCGACUAAUCGCAUCCUUACAUUGGAAGGUGCA